GUUACACCCCACUUAGCCCCACCACCACCCUUCCUUUUUGUGUGUACCUUUCGGCUUCAAAAAUAGACGUCCUGCAAAAGGUUCUUUCUCUUAGGGCAUCUGACAGAGUGACACACGUGCUAUGGGGAGGAGUGUCCGCACUCUAACAGUAUUGCUAGAGGCAGAGCUGCAGCACAGCUUUUAACCUGAGUCUACUCAAAGUAAACCCAGAGAGGAAUUGCAAUACAGAAUUGGACGCAAAAGUACCAGUCAAAAUUCAAAAACACGUUUUGAAGUGAGACGUGAAUUAUAUCUUGUGUACAGUAUUGUACGAUGGCUAGCUUUUCGUGGACUGUGUUCUGUAUUUUGGCGUUUUGGUGUUUUGAUGCCACCGCUGCCCGUAGAUCAGCUGCUGAGGACGGCGAAGUUCUGAAGAAGAUAAGCGGCGCCAGAUGCACCUCCCGCUGCCUAACGCUGCACAUCACACAGCUCAGCGCUUCUUUCAAAAAUCUACAGAAUGAUGAGAUUCUGAAAUGGUGUGAAAAUCACAGAAGAUGCUCACAGUGCUUACAACCAUGCAAAGAAAUAUGGGAAACCAGGAGAACUCUGUCCAACAAAACAUGUGAGAAGCACCAUGAAUGUGUGACAAGCUUGGAGUUCCUGAAGUCUAUCCUGAAUCUGAAGCAGGGGGACUGCCCGCCGCCUCAGAAGGCCUCCGGGUUUGCGGCUGCCUGUGUGCUGAGUUGUAGUGCCGACCGUGAGUGCCCUGGCUUCAAGAAGUGCUGUUCCAAUGGCUGCGGGUACACCUGCCAAACCCCAGCCAACCUCUUCAAAGGAGUCCCAUUAAAACCCAGGAAAGACUUGGCCUUCCUUGAAGAUGAGAGUGGGGUUGUGGAAGUCUCCUGGAUGUCAAAGUUCAACGUUUCUGUUGAACCCGUGUUUUAUGUCCUGCAAAAAAGAUGGAAUUACGGCAUACACCCCAGUGAAGAUGAGUCAACAGAAUGGCAGACAACAGCUAUGACAACAGAGGAUCACAGUCACCUGAAAGACAUAAGGCCAAACAGAUGGUACCAGUUCCGAGUUGCUGCAAUCAACGCUCAGGGCACACGCGGCUUUACAACCCCGAGCAAGCAUUUCCAUUCCUCUAGAGAUCCUGUGCCGCCAGAGAUGCCGAAGAACGUAAGAAAUGGAAACUUCACAGUCCGACCUGACGGCACUGUAAACGUGGUGAUCUCCUGGGAUCCUCCUCAGGAUGAGGACCUGUCUGUCCACCACUACAAAGUCUCCUGGAGUCAAAGAGUACAGAGAAAACACGUGCUGCUGAACAAAAGAGACAGCUCAAAACUAACUGGAGGAAAUGCAUCUGAAAUACUCAUUGAACAGCUCCAGCCCAACAUGGAUUACCUGAUACAGGUACAAGCGAUAACGUACUGGGGACAGAAGCGCUUGAAGAGUGUCAAAUCCCAGCUUGUCCUCACUACAACUCGCACAGCAGAUACAGCCGCCAACUCUCUCCAUGGUAGCUCAACUGGGGAAGUGUCUAAUGAAUUGCCAAGUACUCAUGUGGUACCCAGUAUCAGGAGACUGGAAGCUGCAGCUCCACACUAUCAUAACAACCAGCUACAAGUUAAGGUCUUCUGGAAGAAGGCCCAGGAAGAAACACUUAAAGAUCCAUACCUGCUAACCUGGUCCACAGUCGUCUGCUCGAGAAAUAACACAAAGACAGAAGAAAAGGCAAAUGCGCUGGGCACGCACUUUGUUAUCACUGGCCUCGCGUUUGCUUGCAAGUACAAGGUGACAGUGCAGCCGGUCUCCGCGAUGGGCCAGGGAGCAGAGGCUGUGACCUAUGUGACCACCCCGCAGUGCAGUUCAGUGAAGAGCAAGGGGGCUACAGCUCUAUCCUGCUUAAGAGAUGAGCGCCACCUUCUGGCCAGAAAAGUAAUGCUUAGACCAGAAAAACUGACAGCUGCCUUCAAGACUGUAAAUGGGUCGAUCCUUGGGGAGUUUCAUUGGCAGGUGUUUCAGACCCACCCCACACAAGAGUCUGUGACUGGUUACCAGUUCAGUUGGACGCAGCUCUCCAGGAUCAGCAGAACCAGUGCAGUACCGGACACAGUCAUCUCCCAAACCCAGAUACUGUCCCCUGACCAGCCUUUCUUGAUAGUUGAACAUCUUCAACCAGUGACACUCUACAGAGUCCAUGUUCAUGUGCUUUCACUGGCUGGUAAUGGACCAGCAACUGUCAAAACUUUCCAGACCCCACAGCUGAACAGCACAGCCCGAUGAGGGUGCCUUUCCCCAAACGUCUGAAUGAACAUUUCUGAACCUCCAUGGGAACCUGUCACUGUGCUGAACUAAAGCUUCUUUUUAAAUGCUGAUAUUAUCCUGACACUGAUGAUUAUUGACAUACAUAUACAUGGCCAUUCCAUGAAAAUUGUACAUUUGUUACACAGAGAAAUAAAUCAAUAUUUUAUCACCAAAAAGCACUUGGGUUGCCAGUAGUCAGAUAUUGAUGAUUCGAAUAUAACAAAAUCUACAUUUAAUGGCACAAAAUGAAAAAAAUAUAUAAUGUAGCCAAAAAAAAGCCUUACGGCUUCUAGAUACAUUUUAUAUUAAAAAUGAUACUGAGGAAUUAGUAUUGUAGUUAACAUUUUUAUACUUUAGUCUUGCCAAAAAAAAAAAAAAAAAGAAAUAUAGAACUUGCUAAAGAAUGUUACUGAUU